AUGUCACUUACACCAUUGGAAAAGGCAGCUAGUGGAGCUUUAGCCUCUGCAAUAGCUAACACUUUAGUUUACCCUUUGGAUUUGAGCAAAACUUUGAUUCAAACUCAAGUAAAAAGGCAUGAAGUGAGCGAGGAAGAGAAAUCAAAUCCAGAUAACAGCAUUUACCUGCCGCAGCCAUCGAGUAAGGGAGAACUAAAAUAUAAAAAUGCAUUAGACGUUUUGAAGAAAAUAUACGCUAGAAAAGGAGUUUUGGGAUGGUAUCAUGGCGUCUUCUCUUCGAUCUUUGGUACAGCAGCGCAGAACUUCUCAUAUUUUUAUUGGUAUACUAUAGUGAAAAGAGUUUACGCAAACUUAUACAAGAAUGUUCCGAAUCACAAGCCAACUACUUUACAAGAAUUGUUUCUUGGCGCAUUGGCUGCUGCCAUUUCCCAGAUGUUUACUAUGCCAAUUGGUGUGAUAACAACACAACAGCAAACUGAUAAACAUCACAAAAACUGGAUCGAAUUGACGAAGGAGGUGCUCGAGCAAGAUGGAAUCAGAGGCUUGUGGAGAGGCUUAAGGGUCUCUCUUAUUUUGUGUGUCAAUCCUUCGAUCACUUAUGGUUCUUACGAAAGGCUCAAGUAUAUCUUAUAUGGUUCUAAAGAGUAUUUGGGUCCACUAGAAAAUUUUUCGCUUGGUGUAUUAGCUAAAUCAAUGGCAACCCUUGCAACUCAACCUUUGAUUGUCUCUAAGGCCAUGCUUCAAAAAAAGCAUCACAAGAAUGAAAAAGGAGAGGCUGAAGAUGAAGAGGAAGGAGAAGAUGGCCACGACGUUAAGUUUCAUCAUUUCACGGAGGCUUUGACAUAUUUAUGGAAAACGGAACAAAUUAAGGGUCUCUACAAAGGAGUUGCACCGCAGUUAUUAAAAGGUGUCUUUGUUCAAGGUUUGUUGUUUGCAUUCAAGGAUCAGAUUGAUAUGCUCUUCAUCUUUUUGUUAAGAUUGAUCAAGAAUAGAAGAUCUUUGAAGCGUUGGUAA